UCUGUGCUGGCCCCGCCCCCUUUAGCCCCGCCCGCCGCGCCGCAGCCGCCGCGCCGCCCGGGGACGAUGGUGGCGGCCCGGGGCGCCGCCGCCCGCCGCGGAGCGCUGCUGCUGCUGCUCGCCGCCCUCGGGGGGUGCCGCCCGCGCGUCGUCCGCGCCGCAGCAUCGUGUCCCCGCAGCCUGGACUGUGCCCUGCAGCGCCGGGAGUUCUGCCCACCGGGAUCAGGCGCCUGCGGCCCCUGCCUGCCCGCCUUCCAGGAGGACGAGCGUGGGCAAUGCGUCCAGAAGCAGGUCUCACGCAAUGGGAGGACACUUGAUCCCAGCUUGGAGGAAGAAAUCGAUCUUCUGGCAGAUGUUUUGGCCAGGCAAGAUGCUCCUCACCCCCACCCGCUGCGGGAUGGCAAGCCCAAGGCCACCCUGGUCCCCGCCGGCGGCAGACAACGCGUGGCCAUCGGGCUGAGAGAGGAGCUGCUGCAGCGGGGUCCUGCUGGCAGCAAGGCAGCUGCCACCCUGCCCACCUCCACCACCACCGCGGUCCAGAAGUACCCAGUGGAGGCAUCCCCCAUCCCUUCAAAUGACAACGUGGUGCUUGGGCUGAUCGUGGUGUGCACGGUGGCCGGGCUCUCGGCGCUGGUGGUGGCUGUGGUCUGCUGGUGCAGGCUGCAGAAGGAGGUCAGGCUGGCACAGAAAGCAGAUUAUUCAGCACAGUGCGUGGCCAGCCCGCUGCCCUACGACAAGAUCUCGGUAAGGUGCCUGUGUCUCUCCCUGUGGGGUGCCGUGCUCGGCCCAGCCCUGUGCUCUGCUUUGAGGGCUUUCCGACAGGGUGUUGGGCACCCGCCAGCUGGGCUGGGGGCUCCUGGAGCCCAGCCUUCAUGGCUCUCCUUGCUCUAUCUGCAGCCUGGGGACAAGACGCUGGCUCAGAGCGCUCAGAUGUACCACUACCAGCACCAAAAGCAGCAGAUGCUCUCCAUGGAGAAGCAUAAAGAGGAGCCCAAGCUGCCGGACUCGGCGUCCUCGGACGAGGAGAACGAGGAUGGAGACUUCACUGUGUACGAGUGCCCCGGGCUGGCUCCGACUGGAGAAAUGGAAGUGAGGAACCCGCUGUUCGAUGACUCCUCCUUACACCCCUCCAACCCCAAGUCGCACCAGUAACACCCCUCCUCUCCUCCACCCGAGCUCGCUAUGGACUGUACGCCGAUCGCCGCAGCCUGGUGGGGCGGCCAUGCCGGGGGGCACCCACAGCCGGGCAAAGGGGUGCGGACCCCGCUCUGCCAGACUGUUCAACGCCUGCCCAAUAAACACCCACUACCAGCUAUGGGAGGGGGAGAUCGCCCCCAUUUCCAGCGUCCUUGUCCUCUUUGCUGCUGUGAUCGUGUUCCUGCCUCGCCCUUCGCUCGCUGCUCUUGGGGACCCCGCGACAGGGGCAGCCGCUGCCUUGGCACAGAGACUUGGGGGGGGCUGUGGCGCUGUCUCUUUGUGUUUGGCUUUUGAGGAGGGGGGCUGCUGCUCUGGCGGCGGCUGCGCUGAUGCAACAGCAGCUGGGAAAGGGCUGGAGAGGGGAUGGGAGAGCAGGAGAGGGGCCGGGGGGGUCAGGCAGGGGAAGGUGUGAGGACUGCCAGCCUACCCAGAGCCCCUCUGCCAGAGAUGGAGACUUCUCCUAGAGCAGGUGGCACCACUAAAGCCUCUGGGACGUGGUUUCACCCAGCCUGGGGCAGCCCCUGGCAGCAGGGUCGCACACGUGCUGACUUUGCUCCCUGGGAAGCGUGUUCAGCCCAUGCCAUGCCUGGCCGGGACCAGAGGCUCUGUCUGCCGUGGCCCCUGCGCUGCCUCCGUCACCUCGGGCUCCCCGGGGUGCAGGCAGUCCCAGUGCCACCAGGGGCUGGGACCCUGUGUUGGGCUGUGCUGACAAGGGGGUUUCCUCCCAGCAGCACUGGGUGCCAGCUGGGCUCUCGCCCCACGCCUCCGUGGGGUGAAUGAACCCAAAGGUUUGGUUUUAAGCCGGUGUGGCCAUGGGGGAGGAAGGAGCAGGAGUGGUGGGGGCUCAGGAGACCGGGGGAGGUAGCCAAGGCUCGGUGUCUUUGCCGCACUGCUUCUCUGCCCCAUGGAGCCCAUGCCCUUGGCAGCUUCCCUGCGGAGCCUGGUGCGGUGCUCUUUGCGGGCAUCCCUUCGUGGCACAGGGCAGCUCUGCCAGACCAUCCCGGGCACCCCCGAGGCCCCUCUGCACCCCUCCCCUGCCCAUGUCUGCAUCUGCCCCAAAGCCCCCUGGUGUGUUGGCUGUGACCCCAACAGUGUGAGGCCUGGGAUGAGUUUUGGGUUGCUUUUCACAGCUGUGGCUUCAUGGCCAGAACCUGGUGUGGACCGUUCCAACCAGGGGUGACAUGUUGCACGCAGGUGGCUUCUUGCACAGGGGUGCACUCUUGCACGCUCAGAGCCAUGGCACGCGCAUGGGCAGCAGUGCAGGGCCCUGUGCUGGCAGGUGGUGGUGAGGGGACAUCCCCGUGGGGUGGCAGAGGCCAUCCCUGCACAGAUCCUUCCCCUUGCCCUGCUCCCUCACCCAUGGGCUGCUGCCCUUUUCCCCGCACCCCUCGUUAUAUGGAUUGUAGUUCUUUUAAAAGGAGAUUUUAUUAAAUGACCAUGUUU